AUGCUGCGCACUGUUCUGCUCCUCGAUGGCAGCGAUGCCAUGAACAGUAGCUCAGACUACCUGCCCAACUAUCUGCUUGCCAUGAGGCCACCACUGCUGCGGUUAGUGGAGGGGUAUCUGGACUCUACACCACUCGCGUCCCUUGGCGUGGUGGUGAUGCGAGACGGCAUUAGCCACCGCCUACUGCCGUGCACCACGAACCACAACGAGAUCGUCGACGUGCUGGAGCGCGACGUCUUUCUGCACGGGGGCUCUGGCAACACCUCAAUGGAGAACGGGCUGCGGAUGGCCAUGUCGGAGCUGGUGGAUAUGCGCGAGGUAGCCGCCCUGGUGUCAACCGCGGCCAAAAAGUCGUCGUCGAUUGCCGCUGUCAACCCGCGCUCAGCAUGGAAGGGAUCAGCAACGCAGCUCAACGUCAUUGUAUUGACAGCCUCGGUCACACUGAUUGACCCCACAGACGUUUUCGCCGUCGUGAACGUCAUGGCCGCUUUGUCCAUCCGCAUUAAUGUCGUCUCCCUCGUCGGUGCGGUGCACGUCUUUGACGUGUGCACCGCCGAAACAGGAGGGACGCUGUAUUGCCCCCUCAACUACGGUCACCUGCUGCACAUCGUAGACGAGCUGUCGGCGGCCACCUCGCUUGUGCGAAACAAGAAGCACCCGCGAGGUGGCCGCCGACAGCGAGUCAAGCGGUCUCGCGAAGAAAGUGACGAUGUCAAGGUUGAUGACGAUGAUAAUGAGAUACCGCAUCUUAUACCUAUCGGAUGCCCCGUGUAUCUCGAGGCACCACCAUCCAACAACGCAGGGUCGUCAUCCACCGCCUCCUCCCGCUCCUUCUACUUGGCAUGCCCCCAGUGCCAUCUCAUCCAACUCUCUAUCCCCACAACCUGCUCCAUGUGCCGCCUGUUGCUGUGCAAUGCGCCGAUGCUGUACAGCACGUUUGUGUCGCACAACUCUCUGGUGCCACCGGCAAAGUCGCUCCGCGUGGUACGUGGCACAUCGGUGCCCGCGCCGAUUAUUACCACCUUGAGCGCUGCCCCAGUGCCCACCAUCCAAAACGACGGCGUCGUCAAAACAACGACGCAGCAGCCAGUACGGUGCGGCCUCUGCAUGACCAACAUCCUAGCCAAGGCAAUGGUGUCGCACAUACGCUCUGGUGGAGUCGGUAGUCCCGUCGCCUCGUCAGCGGCAGCGGCCUCGGUGGUGGAUGGGUCGCUGGUGUGGCAGUGCAGCGCGUGUGCCUCGUACCGUUGCAACGCCUGCAACGACUUUGUCCUCCGCAAAAUCGGCCUCUGUCCCUAUUGCCUGGCCCUGCAGUGA